AUGCAGGCUCACGAGCUUCAAGCCCAGUAUCGCCCAGCGGCGCAGCAGACUCCUUCAGCAAAGCCAACCACAUCCGGUGCAAGCUCCCAGGCAUCAGCGGCGAUCAAGCUUUUGACUUGGAACUGCGGCGGAUUUUCCACAUGCAAGGACGAAUUUUACACAUGGCUCAAAACAUGUUCAUGUGACGCGGUCUGCUUGCAGGAGACUUGGAUGAGGGAAAGCUCGGAGUUUGUUGCGGGCGAGUGGACAUGUGUGCAAAGCGGCGUGGGCACUUCGGUGUCCAGAGCACAGGCAGGAGUCAUGAUCAUGCUCAAGAGGUCGGUCUUUGACAGCGGCACCAUUCGCUACAAUCAUGUAGUUGCAGGCAGAGUUCUCCAUGUCCGGGCGCAGAGCAAACACGGCUGGGUGGACAUCAUAGGCACCUACAUGCAUGCAUGGGGGAAUAGAGAGAGCGACACCGAGAUCAUGAAGAAGCGCUCAAAGGUGUGGACGGCACUACGCACCACCCUUGGUCAGAUUCCUCGAGGCAGCCAGCUGCUCGUCUGCGGCGAUUUUAACACGAUCAUUAAGCCCACCCCUCCUUGCAUAGGUGCAGGCACUUGCGAUGGCGAGAAGGAGGCCUCGCAGGACUCAGCCGACAUGCUGGGCAUCUUGCAGGACUUUGGGUUGCAGGCUGUGAACACUUUCGGCAAGCAUGGUAGCUACACCCAUGUUCUUGAACAACGCGGUAAGCAGUACCGCUCCUUCCUGGACUAUGUCAUGGUCAGGCGGCGAGGCGCUACACUCAGGACAGCCUCUCACAUCAUUGGUGAUUGUCCAGUGGCUCGCUGGCGUGGAGGUGGACGGCAUCUACCUGUGGCAGUCACUUUGCACUUCAGGCGUUUUCAGUUCGUGAAGCCCCGGCCUCAACCACCCUGGCCACAAUGGAAGUGUGCCUUGCUCACCGCCAGGAUUGCUCAAAAUGGUCCGGAUGUGCAGGCCUUCCAGGCACAGGUGGAACAUGAGCUGAGCCAAGUUUCUGUAUACACACCGGAGCAAGUGAACAGUAUCAUUCUGAAGGCCGGCCAGCAAAAUUUUUCCAUCGAGCGCCAAUGCAGUUUGCAGCCACCCUGGGAACAUCACCAACAUGUGGGCGCCAUUAAGAACAUGUGGUUGCAGCGCAGACUUGCUAGCCAGCAAUUUCGGCUAUGUGUCUCAGGUCUUCGUGCGUGCUUUCGUGCUUGGAGGUGCCAUCUUCGCUUUCAGCAAAUGCAUAAAAUUGUGGCCCGCAACAGCAGACUCCUCCGGCGGUACCGUUUCAACGAACUUCUUCGUCGGGCCGAGGCUGCUGAUUACCUCAACCGCGUGGAUCAACUUUUCUUCUUGUUGCACAGGCAUGCCCCCAAGCAGCCCCGAACACGGGCACAGCUUCGGUCGAGCACGGGUGCGCUGCUAAUGCCACAAGCCGAGGCUGAAGCCUUAGCCACGUACUGGCAGCAGGUUACCACUGCAGCUGUCCCGAGCCAGGCACCGGAACCGCUACCUUUUGACAUCCAGCCGGAGGCGAUCCAGUCGGCCCUUGAGGCCCUGCCGGCCAACAAAGCCGCACCCGCCCACUAUGCACCACAUGUUCUAUGGAGCUGUGCUGCACCCUCUGUGGCACAGGUGCUAGAGCGAGGGCUGAUGCAGACAUGGAGACAGGCAGCGGCCACGGUUCCGGUCGCAUGGGCCGAUGCAUGGCUUACCUUUCUUCAGAAGCCCAACAAGGCAGGGAAUGCCCCCCAACAUCUUCGUCCAAUUGCUCUUCUGGAUCCGGUCGGAAAGGCGGUGACGGGCAUCCUUCGCCGUCAGCUCGACACUUACAUCAUCCCACACAUGGUGAAGCAGCAUCAGUAUGGGUUUCUUCCCAACAGGUCAGUGCAACAGGCCUUGGGACAUGCUUUCAUGCACUGCCGAACCGUUCGUAGCAUAUGCCAAGCUCAACAACGCUCCUUGUACGAGCAGAAGGCCGGGAACAAGUCGUUGGGAUUGGCAGGGGGGAUGAUCCUAAGUAUCGAUCUGACCCAGGCCUUUGACAGGGUCGACCGUGGAUUAUUGGAGGCCUCUCUGAUUCACAUCGGCGUCCCGGCUGAAUUUCGCCAUUUGCUUCUUCAGUGGGUUCAUGCUGCCCAUUAUGUUGUGCAACGUGAAGGUCACACUCAGCGCUUCGGCACAACACAAGGAAUCAGGCAGGGCUGCCGACUUUCGCCAUCAUUGUGGAACUGUGCGGUCAUCUACCUAACCCAUCUCCUAGAGCAAAAAUUUGGCUCCGAUUGGUGCAGGCAACACCUGGUGGGCUAUGCCGACGAUAACCUCUUCAAGUGGACUUUCCGCACCAAGGCCGAGGCUACUCAGGCCAUCGAUGAAGCAGGGGACAUUGUUGCUCUAUUUGAGGGCCAAGGGCUACAAGUGAGCAAAGACAAGACAGCCAUUCUUCUUCGACUGGCCGGCUCCCAAGCAACGGCCCUGCGCCGCAAAAUCACCACGAAGGUGGAAGGCAAGUGUCACCUGAUGUUGGGCUCGGACCUCACCCUGCCUGUCAAGUCUCAACACGUCUACCUCGGCGCCAUUAUUUCUUUUACCAGGUUUGAAGAGUACACUGCAGCUCACAGACGCCAGGCUGGAAUCGCUACAUACCAUCGCCUACGACAACAUCUGCGCUCGAAGCGAGCCUGGCCCCUACAUAAAAGGAUCUGCCUAUGGAAAGCCUACAUCUUGCCAACCGUCUUCUACGCGUUGACGGCUUCGCGUCUCACAGACAAGAGUGCCUCCAUGAUCAGGGUCGAGUUGGUCAAGCAGCUAAGGGCCAUCGCGGGGUACCCCCGCCAUCUUACCCUGGAGUCCGACGCCCAAUUUCUUGAAGGGCUCGGUCUGGAAUCUCCGUUGCAGAUGCUUGUGCACAGGCAGGUCCGAAUGUUGGAAAAGACCCGCGAGCUCCAAGGCACACUUCCACCACACGAUGUCAGACUUGACCCGGCCCUGUUUGCACAUGAGGAAAGUAUUCUCCAGCAGUUCCAGACUUUUGUUCAGCCGGACUCAACAACGGGUGCUGCUGCCGAUCUGCCCUGCCCUGACUGUGGCAAAUGCUUUCCAACUGCAGCGUCCCUACGCCAGCACCGUGCCAGUGCACACAGGCGAGGAGAGGACAAACCGAGCGGUGAACGUUUCGACCGGCUACUUCACGGCAAGGACGGCCUCCUGCAAUGCAUCAAUUGCGUGCACAAAUUUCGAUUAUGGGAGGAGCUACAGCGGCAUGUCGAGCUUGGCCGGUGCCAGGCUACAGCAAAAGCUGAGUAUGAGGACGUCCACCCCCCGUUGCUAGCCAAAGUCUUAGAGGAUGAAAUUGUUUUCCCGGAGGUCUUUCAUCAGAUGCCGCCCCCGGACCUCAAGACCGAGCUCAACGAGAGGUGUGCACUGUGUCGAACUUGGCUCCCUAAUGAAAAUUACAUGAAGGUUCAUUAUGGACGUGUCCACCGUGACGAGUGGCAGGCGCAUAGUGGUCGUGUCCGCGUAUGGUGCAUGAACAACCUCCCGCCCAUUAAGGGCACAUGCCAAUGGUGUGGACACAAGGACCAAGCAGGCAGGGAUCACCGUGCCACAUGCCCGGCUCUAUUUCAGCUGGCCAUGACCUGGUUCGUGAAUGGAGGCCCGCCCGAGGCCGCCGAUGUGUCUGACCUGGCCGGCAUGCUGGACACCGAGGUUCAGGAUGUGUUCGCAGGCUGCCUGCCGGCUCUGGCGAAGCCCAGCGCGGUGAACUUUCAGGACCCGUUGGAGAUCGAGGCAACGGCGGACCAGGAAAUGCCGAACCGAGGCAAGAGGUCACGACAAGAGCCCGAGAUGAACAAGGACAAGCAGCCUCCGAAGGGGGGCAAAGGCAAGGGCGGACGUCGCGACAACGACGGCUGGGGCCGGGGACACAACAGCUGGGGCAGCUGGGACUACAACCACGGCUGGGAUGCCAACGGCUGGGAUGCCAACAACUGGGGUGCUCCACACAGGCAUCCGCGGCCGAACAUGGAGCAGCUGGUGGAAGCCUUGUGCAGGCUGACCUUGAAACAGGAGGAGGAGCUGCAACUUAUCCGCACCGAAAAGCAAUUCCUGUUGCAUCUAGAGUCAGAGCCACAUGGUCUCCUGGCUCCGCUGUGGCAGGUGGCGCAGGCUUGGAAGACGGGACGGGACAAAACCCCGCCGACGGUUACCAGUUCACUUCGGGUGCCUUGGUGUGCGCGUGUGCCAUCGCAGCAUAUGCAGUGGGACGGCUGCCCCCCAUUCCUUCCAGCUGCUGCUUUGGUAAGUACGAACGAGACCACCAAUUGCAACUCUUUGACGGUCUGGCCACCCCGGUGGCUUGCGUGGAGAGCUGAGAAGGCCGGUGCUUGGCCCACUGUGUGGCACCAAUUUGUUGAAUUCCAUUGUCUCUCUGCCAGCCCUUUCAACUUCGUGUCUGAGCAGGGGUAUGUGGUCUCCACUCCCUUUCUGGGCAGGAACGUGCAGUCAACUUUUUUUCUGCAAUUGCUGGACGAGUGGUUUCCACUUCCAUCCUGCGCACGCACAACGACUAUGCUCGGGCGAGUGGUCUCCGCUCCUGGAUUGCACUGGUUGCCAGAAUACCUCGAACUAUCGCUUUGCAUCAUUAUCGAGCCCACCCGGUCCCAAGUCCGGGCAGCGCAGCAGCAUAUUUACCCAGCGUUUACAACACGAAGGGCUGCGCUGGAGGUGAGGGUUCCUACUCCGGCAGGGGUAGGGGGACCCAACCCACCGGGUCACCACAGUCAAGCUAAGGUGGGGAAGACUGCACAAGGCAGUACACAAGGCCUCGCCUAG